AUGGCCGCUCCCCCAGACCUCAACGCCAUCCUCGCGGCGCUCGCCGGACGGCCUGCAACCACGCCAUCCCAGACGCCCCAGCAGCCCCCGGCCGCGCAGCAUCCCCCUCCGCAGGGCCUUCCGCCAGGCUUCCCUGGCGCAAUGCCCACUGCCACCCCGCCCACGAUGCCUGGUGGCUACAACUUCCCCCCUCCCACACACUCUGGCAGCCUUGACCUCAGCGCCAUCAAGCCCGUGAGCUCUGGCUCUGUGAGCAUCCAGGAUGCGCUCGCAAAGGCGCGCGGGUUUGCGGCUCAAAAAGGCCUUGCCCAUGAAGCAGCGCGUCCAGGUAUUGCUGAACCUUGGUCUGGUUAUGGUAUCCCAGCGCAAACUUACACGCCUCCAGCUUACCAAGAAGAUCCGCGACUCAGCGGACGCCAGCCCUACCGACGUUCUCGGUCGCGUUCGCGCUCUCCGGUGCGCCGUGAACCCGUGCGUGAAAGCUACAAUCCAUACCGCGACGAGCGCCGUGAUGAGCGACGAGGCGGCUAUGGUCGUGACCGUGAUCGCUCGCCCCCUAGACGUGACACCUUCUCUCCCUCGCAGCAGUACGGGCAAGCUCGUUCGCCGCCUGCUAAUGACAACUCUGAGGUGAUUCUGAUUGACUCGUCGUUGGUUGGUCUUGUCAUUGGACGUCAAGGUGAGAGUCUCCGCCGCAUUGAACAAGAAUCACAGACACGUAUUCAAUUCAUCAACGGCCCCGAAUCCGGACCUCAGCGCGAAUGCCGCAUAACGGGCAGUCCUGGUGCUCGUAUCAGUGCCAAGCGCGAGAUCAACCGUAUCAUCGAAGAAAAUGGCGGCAACCCUGCUCGUGAGACUGGCCGCAAUGCUAGGCCUACUGCCAAGACGGUUGGCCAGCAACAACCCGCGCUUAGAGAGGGUGAGCAGUCUUCGCAGAUUAUGGUGCCUGAUCGUACUGUUGGUCUCAUCAUCGGCCGUGGUGGUGAGACUAUCCGUGAUCUGCAAGAGCGCAGUGGUUGCCACGUCAAUAUCGUUGGUGAAAACAAGAGCGUGAACGGCCUGCGCCCUGUGAACCUCAUUGGAAGCCCUGCCGCUGCUGCCUAUGCCAAGGAGCUCAUCAUGGAGAUUGUCGAUAGUGACACUAAGCAAAUGGAAGGCACCGGCAGCCAGCAGCCACCAUCGCAGCAACAGUUCAACAGGCGUGAUAACUUUGAUCCCUACGGUGGUGCUGGUGGCGUUGGCGCCGGCAAGAUCAAUGACAGCAUCCAUGUCCCAUCUGACGCUGUUGGCAUGAUCAUUGGUAAAGGCGGUGAAACCAUCAAGUCCAUGCAGUCGGAGACUGGUUGUAAGAUCAAUGUUUCGCAAGCCUCUGGCGCUGACAUAGAGCGCGAGAUUGGCCUUGUCGGAACCCGUCAAGCCAUUGAUGAUGCCAAACGAGCCAUCUGGGAGAAGGUCGAUCAAGUGCGGGAGAAGAACAACUCGCGCCGACGUGACAACGGCAACCAAGACAAUGGCUACUCACAUCAACAGGCACCCUCCUAUGGACAGACUGCUGCGCCAGCGCAGGCCCCUCCAACGGCUGCACCAGCUGCGGGUGGUGCCGCUGCUGACCCAUAUGCCGUCUAUGGCGGCUACCAGAACUACCUAGCCAUGUGGUAUGCAUCCAUUGCACAGCAACAACAGGGCAGCCAAGGUGCCCAGGGACCUCCCGGCGCAUAG